AUGGAUAGGUGGAACUACAUCUAUACAGAGGCUAGGUGGAACUACAUCUAUACAGAAUAUGGUGGUGGAUCCUUCUCAUUCUCUAACCUCAUCAACGGUGUGACCAGGAGAUUCUCUACUGAGUUUGAGCUGAAGCAGCUGAAGCAGUUUAAAGAGGACAAUGCCCGUGUGGGGUUUGGCUCGGGGACGCUGGCUCUGGAGCAGGCUAUUGAGAGGACUACGGCCAACAUUAAAUGGGUGGCGGAGAACCAGGAGCCCGUUAUGAAGUGGUUGGCCAAUGAAUGUACGUGAAAUACCCCCCACUACAGCAGCGUGCGACCAGGCCAAUGGUGUUACUGCUUACUGAACCAUCAGGGAUACACAGACUGUAUUAAACAGACCACGAACAUGGGGCUGCGUGACCCAAAUGGCACCCUAUUCCCUGUAUAGCGUGCUACAUAGGGCUCUGUUUAAAAAGAGUGCACUCCAUAGGGAAUAGGGAGCCAUUUGGGACAGAGAUGUGCUGUAUAAUGAUGAAUGGACCAAAAUCAUGUUGUUACUUGAAUCAUGUGCAUCCAUUUUGGAUUGUCAGUUUUUCAUGUUCUCGUGUUAAUAAAUGUCUGCCAAUAAACGCUCAGUUAAUAUCGUCAGUUUCCA